UUAUAACCAAAUUUCACAACAUAAGGAAAAAGUACAAUAAUGCAAGAAAGUAGUUAGUUAAUUAUUAAUUUUUAAGUUUACAAUGAUAAAGUUAGUAAGAAAUAAUGUUAAAGAUAGACUUAAACGGUUUUUAAGUGAUGCAAAAUUAGAUGUAGAUAAAAAUGAUACAAUUUUAAAAAACAAUAACGUUCAGACCCCUAAAACCCGAAAACAAUUUCUUGUUCCUGUUCUGACCCAAGAAAAAUUAAAAAAAUUGUCAUCGGUUGUUGGCCUACAUUUAGCACCCAAUGGUGUGAGUUGGGCAAAAUUGUCUCCUGAAGGGAAUGUUUUAAAUAAAUGGGACGUUUUGGAGUUUGCACAGCUACCAAAAAGAAAUUUGCCAAUUGAUAUUCUACGCUACGUUAAAACUGUCAUUAAUGAAAUUCCCGAAGGGGACUUGUAUAUUUUUGAGUUACCAGAAAGUUCUGCCCCUUUGAAUCAGAAGUCAAUUUCUCUCAAUUACAACAAUCAGCAAUUAAUUUUCUCCUCAAUGUUAAUUGCUCUUCUUGAUGCAAGAACUGCUAAUUCUAAGACGGAUAUUAAACACACUAAUAGCAUUUUUUAUUUAAAAUCUAAACUGUCAGCUAAAUUAUUUGGAAUCCUUGUUGGUACAGAGAAGGUCUCUAGUCUUUCGAUUAUCUCCUCAGUCUUUGAUAAUUCUAAAAAUAGUUUACCCUGUACCCCAGUGAUUGUGGAUAAGAGUUUCAAGAAACAUUAUUAUGACUCGUCUUCAGUUCACAAAGAACUUUUAGGGCAUUCUUUAAUGAUUGCAAUGUGUUUUUUGGAUCUGUGCCUAUAUAAAAAUAGUGAAAGUAUAGCUGCAGCUACAAAGAUUAAAAGAUAAACGAGAAUGUAA